AUGCCUCAGUAUUAUCAUUAUGGCCUUGUUGACCCCAGUCGUCCGGGCGGCUCGCACGGCGCGCCCAAAGAACCAAUUCUCUAUCGAUAUGACCCUGCUACCCCCGAGCCUCCACCACCUCCCCCAACUCACAUUAAUCCGGUCGUUCCCGCUCCAGCAGCCCCAGCAGCAAUUCAAGUUGGCAUUUCAAUCCCCACUGCCGGACAGCAACCAGCUCAAGUUCAAUACGUCAUGCCCCAAGUUCAAACUUACCACCCUCCCGCCCGUAUGUCAGCAGUGGCUCAACCACCCGUUGCGGCUGUAGCAUGGCAAGGAGCAACCAGAACCGAAAUCAACACGCAGAACAUUGCCAUUGCAAACGCCACCGGGGCUACCCGACCUCAGACGCUCGUCCCGUACAAGCCCGCUGACGGCCAGCAAUGGUGGUGUCGCGAGCUGGAUAGUAGCUACACCCUCCGCACCACGACCGAUAUUAUGGAAAAUUUGCAACCAGGGCGGUGGGUUUAUUCCUCCUCUGGCUACCCAUAUUUCAUCCGCCAGCCUGCACCUGCUUAA